AUGGCCGACAAAGAACAAGAAGGAGCAAGCUCCGCGGGAGGCUAUCUCGCAUCCGCUAAAUCCUACAUCCCCGGCAUGGGCCAAGUCUCCGACGCUGCAUCCGGUGGGGCAGGGAAAGCCCAAGAAGGCCUUGGUGCCGCAGGCUCGGCAACCAAAGACGUCACCGGCUACGUCCCAGUUGUGGGCAGCGUUGUCGAAGGCGUCGGCAACACACCCGUCGCUCAGAAAAUAGGAGGGAAGGAAGAAGAAAAGGGAUAUUUGGGCUCGGCAUAUGACUAUGCGGGGAGUGCGCUGAGGACAGUGUAUGAUGCUGCAGGCAAUGUGAUUGGAACCGUGGAAGAGAAGGCCGGCACCUACCUGCACGGCUCCGAAAACGCCGCCAAAGCCGAGGGGGAAGAAGGCGACCCCACAGCCAAAGGCGAAGCCCGGCAAAAAGACCAGGAAGUCAUCGCCAAGAACAAAGCCGAGGGCGCGACGCAGGAGACCGCCGAUAAAGCAUCGGAAACAGCCGACGGCACCGCGGCCACCGCCAAGGAGACCGCCGGAUCCCUGGGCCAAACCGCUUCAGAUACCACCGACAAGGUCAAAGAAGGACAUAGAGGCGUGGAAGACAAUGUCGAAUCCGGCGCCAAGGACGCGGUGGGCCAAGUCCGAAACGCCACCGGCACGACGGACGCAACGGAAGAUGCGAAUAAAGGGCUUGAAGACACAGUGGGCGCUACGAAGGGGACGGCGAGGGGGGUGGAAGACGCGGCGUCCGAGACCGGCGGCAAGGUCGUCGGAGGAGUGGGAAAGGCGAAUACGGAGGGGGCGACAGAUGCGGCGGGGGGGGUGAAGGAUGGAGUGACGGGGACCGUAGGGAGUGUAGGGGAGGGGGCCAAGGGGGUCGCGAGCGGGGGGACCGACACGGUCAAAGGGGGCGUCGGGGCGCUGGGGAGCGGGGCGAAGAGCGCCGGUGGUGCGUUGGGAGGGAUGACGGGGUUGGGGGGCCAGUGA